AGCUCAGAUCCACUCACACCUACGUCUCUUUAUCUGUACGGUUCUAAAGAGAUUGAGAAAGUUGUAAUAAAAAACCAAAACAGACGCAAGGGGGCAAAAUCGGAAAAAAAGCAUUCAAAAUGGCCGCCGUUAGUAGCUCGUCGGAGACCGGAGGCGGUGAGAAAGGAGAGAUCAUGCUGUUCGGAGUUAGAGUCGUGGUCGAUCCGAUGAGAAAGUGCGUGAGUUUGAACAAUCUCUCUGAUUACGAGAAGUCUUCUCCUCCGGAGGAAGAGAUCCCCAAGAUCGGAGACGGAGACGCCGCCGGUUACGCCUCCGCCAAUGAAACUCUCCAGAUUCCGUCGUCCUCCGGCGGGAACCGCGAGAGGAAACGAGGAAUAGCAUGGACUGAGGAGGAGCACAAGAGGUUCUUGCUUGGUCUGCAGAAAGUAGGGAAAGGAGAUUGGAAAGGGAUUUCUAGAAACUUUGUCAAGAGCAGGACUCCUACUCAGGUAGCUAGCCACGCUCAGAAGUACUUCCUCCGCCGGACCAAUCUCAACCGUCGCCGGAGAAGAUCUAGCCUUUUCGACAUCACAACCGAGACGGUUACAGGAAUGGUGCACAUGGAGCAAGAUCAUCAUGCUCAGGACAACUUAUUACUACCCGAGACUAACAUCAGCUCUGGACAUCAAGUUUUUCCUGAAGUUGCAGUGCCGACAAGAACUGAGAAGGCACCACGGACGGUACCAGUAACCUUCCAAGCAAGUCCUGCAUUCAAUCUAAACACAGAUGCUGCAGUUCCUGCUCCGCUUUCUCUCAACCUCUCUCUGUCCUUUAAUCUUAACGAACAAUCCAACUCAAGACGUUCGGCUUUCACCAUGAUGCCAAGCUUCAGCGACGGAGACAGCAACAGCAGUAUCAUCAGAGUUGCUUAGACUUAAAAAGCCAAGGGGAUAAAAGAACAAUAACAACAGAGGAAGGGGCUUUAGAGAUGGACGAACUGUUGUUUAGGGGGUUCUUCAUCAUCUAUGUUUUGUAUUGUUUGUAUUGUUUGUAAAACUCUGCUCCCUGUGUGUGGUUUGUUAUGUGGUAUGUAAGUUAAAAGAAGUUGUGAGACUCUCAUGUGGCCCAUCUCAAUCAAUGGUUGGUGACUUAUGGGGCUUUUCUAUAUCUUAUCUUUUGGGAUAAGCUAAAAUGUGUGUAUGUGGUUCAUCGAAUAUCUUAUCAGGAUCACCUUUAGUUCCAUAAUAAUGUAAUGUUAGCCACUCUGACUUUUUG